AAAUCGCUCACGUGUCUCGUGACGUUACAAUACCCGGUUGUUAUUGACUACCGUGCGUUUGUUAGCAUUGUUCUUCGCGCUUUUUCUCUCAAUUCGCGUGUUUUUAAAUGAAUUCGUCCUAUAAUGGUGUUUACCUGCGUCAUUCAGGGCUGCGGGAAAAGACCUGAGCCGUACGUGAGAAGCCUGCAUGGAUUCCCGAAUAACUUGGAGACAACAAAAGCCUGGAAUGGGUUCGUGAAGCGGACCAAACCGUGUUGGAAUGGCAACACUCCUUCAACGAGGAUCUGUAGCGAGCAUUUCCAGCCAACAUGUUAUAAAAACCACAUGGCCUGGUCGAUGGGAUGUGUUAGGACGCUGGAUCUGAUAGAUGACUUUCAGGUGCCAACGAUUUAUCCUGCUGUGGCUGAGAAAAAUGCUCCAUCCCCCUCCAAAAGCAACAAUCUCAAAGCAGACAUACACAUACAGACCCAACAGAAGCCACCAGGUAGCUCCACCAUGCUUGCACCAGCGGAAAUAAAACAGGAGGAGGAGGAGACACGCUGCUCAGGUACCACAGAGGCACCUCUUAUUCAGGGAUGUCAUGUAAAGGCCGAGUACCAGGUGAUGUACUUUGUAAGACAUGUGGCGACCCAGACCGACCCUCCAUCCAUUUCCACAAACGCACGAUCAGUCGGCACACAGCUGACCAGGUUAUCCCGAAGUACAGGUUCACAGGUGAAAAUGGGUCGAGAUUAUAGUGUCUGCACAGUUCCCUUAAAAACUCCCCGGCUGCUCUUACAACCCACCUUGGUAAAAAGACCAAAUAAGAGACUUCGACUGGCUCUGGAAUAUGAGGAGGAAGCCUCGUCAGAAGGCAUCACAUCUACAGCAGUUCAGAUCAAAUCCAGUUCAACGUGAACCUGUGGACUGUUUCGGUGCAACAGAGAAUAUAAAAGCAUGUAGCUUUUGUCUUUGGUACGGGGAAAAAGUUUAUCCAGCUCCUUGUCAUAAAGUUAAUAGUGAUACACUUAUGCUACAACUAAAAACUGUGCAAUUCUUACUGGGAUGGAAAGCUCAGUUCUGUCUCCAUAUCUGUUAGUAACUGGCAAGCUGAAAUGGACAAAAGCUGCUAGAACCUCCCUUCUUUUGGAUUUUCUUCUGAUAUCAGAUUGUUUGGAAACCAUCUGUAGCAACAUCAUUUAUUGUUCCACUAAUGCUUAAUGGAACAAUAAAAUACUAUAUCAAUGAAUGGCCCCAUUUUCAAUUUUUGUGCAAAUAAAGAUCUUAAAGUUGAAACCA